AUGAAAAAGGGUAAAAAGAAUGCAUUGCUACAGGAAGCGUGUAAAAUGAUAUUUGGAACACACACAUUCAGAAGAGAAAGUGACUUCUAUCAGCAGUUUAAGGAGAACAUGUACCUAACAACAGAGGAUGGUAGGAAAAUAGGCGCAUUCCUCUACGAAGGGAGUCCUGGCCCUGUUUCCAAGAUAGUUCUAUUUCUGCAUGGAAAGGGAAACGAGAGAUACAUGGCAUCUGAGUACCUGAAUAUGUCUGAAUUAUUAAGAAGAUACGGUGGAAUACGGGUAUUGAUACUCGAUUAUAGGGGAUUUGGGGAUAAUUGCGACAAAAUGUCCAAAUCAGGUUUCUCUCUUGAUAUCCUGGCAGCAAUGGCCUUCCUACAGAAUAAAUACGGCACAAAUGAUAUCAUAAUGGUGGGCCACUCAUUUGGCUGUGCCUUUGCAACUGAAUACAUGAAACACAUUGAUUCACAUGGCCUACAGAAGUACAGUCCUAUGAAAACAUACCUGCUUGCUCCAUUUGCAACUAUUGAGGAGAUUCUACAUGACUACAAGGCAGCAAUGCUAUUCAAAGACAUGUUUGAUGAGAUAUGGGAGUUUCUGUUGCAUGAAAUGAACUACGAUAAUGUUCGUAAUAUCAGGUACUGUACGAAUGUUAAGAUAUACCAUGGGACUGGUGACCUGGUCGUUCCAUUCCGCCAUAGCAGACUGAUUCAGCAGGCAAACAGUAGGGUAGAACUGGUCUCAUUGGAGGACGUUGGCCAUGCAAGCAUCCUAAGCAAUGCCUCAAUUUGGUCUGAUAUUUUGCUUGAGAAAUAA